AUGGCAAACGAUGGCGGCGACGUGGAGGCGCUGGAGACGAUGAAAGCAGUGGUAGAGGUGGAUGAGGACGGAAACAAGAGCGUUAAUGAGUACCUCCUCAUCAAGACCAUAGGCAAGGGCUCCUUCGCCAAAGUGAAGUUGUGCUUGAACACAAAGGACAACGAGCUCUACGCGAUGAAGGUGUGCCACAAGGCCAUGUUGGCUAAGCGACGUCGAGGCUUAGGCAAUGCGCUGGAUCAUAUCUGGCGGGAGGUGGACAUUCUGAAGCGGCUGCAUCAUCCCAACGUGGUUGCGCUGAAGCAGGUUAUCAACGAUCCGCAGUUGUUGCACUUGUACAUAGUAUUUGAAUAUCUCGAGCUGGGUCCAGUGAUGCGCGACAUCGAUGGCACGCCGUUGGAGAUGGAAUUCACGCGCAGCUACUUCUACGACGUCCUGCAAGGCCUUUACUAUCUGCACUCUCGAAACGUCAUUCAUUGCGACCUAAAGCCGGACAAUCUGCUCGUGAACGCCGAGGGCAAGGUCAAGAUAAUCGAUUUUGGAAGCAGCAGAUACGUUGGAAUGGAAACGCCGGAGAGCAGCGAAGGGUUGGUCUGUCACGAAGUGCUCGAAGGCACACCGGCCUUCAUGGCUCCCGAGUUGUGUUCAUCUGCCUACUCGCCUGCCGAGGCCUCGAAGUUCCCGCGGGACGUGUGGGCUCUCGGCGUGUGCCUCUACUGCUUCGUCACUGGCCGGCUGCCAUUUCUCGCUGACAACGUCAUGGAGAUGUACGACAAGAUAAAGAACGACGAGCCUUCGUUCGACGGCAUUGACGAUGAGAGUUUGGUGUCGCUGCUACGAGGCGCUAUGGAGAAGGACCCAUCGCAACGCCUUACUCUGACCCAAAUCCAGGAGCAUCCGUGGGUGCUGGCGACAGCGACGUUCCUGUCUAGCAGCGGUGAACAAGAAGAAGACAACGAGAGCUGA